AUGAUGUUCUUAGAAGCCAGCUGCUCUUGUCACUUCGAGACGGUAUUGUCUCAAUCUCUCCGGAUAAGGUAUAAAUCGUGCUCCUACUCUCCUUCAAUCGUAUUUUUGGAUGUGUAUGGCACUGCUUUAGGAAUGUUACCGGAAUCAGGUGCCUACUCUUCAUCGACCCUACUGAUGGAUGUGUGGGUUACCAAGUUGGAUUUAUUAUCAGAAUUGGGUGCAUACUCUCCACUGAAUUCGGAUGUGUAUGACACCUCUUUGGAUAGCUUUUGGGUGUCUUCUCUGUGUACUCGGAAGAGAUCAUUUUCAGUCCUAUUCCUCGCCGGCGAAGGGACAACGAGACAACAGGUUCCCGUCGACUUCAUUCUUAUCUUAGCCCGGAGUUGUAAUUUCUUGGGUUUGACCCAUAACUUUCCCGUAACUAGCUUGUUUAAACUCGAUUACGUCCAUAUAAGUUCCUCCGUCAAGGAGAGAUAUACCAUAACCACUUCUCUGGAGUGUGUUCACAAAAGCUCAGCCGUUAAGACAGCUAUGUAUGUUCUUUUGCCGGUUAUUGCAGAAGAAUUGGAGAUCGAUUUGCUUGCAAUCGAUUCUGAAGCCCUUUUUAAGAGGCUUUCGGUUUGUGUCUACGAUUCAAACCGUGUAACCUAUCUCUUGAAGUCUAUCUUGACGCAUCCGGGAUCUAUUCUGGAUUCGCUGUCUAUUAGCUUUAUUGUUAUUCUCUUCUAUGUGUUUAUUGCUUUCAAUCGAUGUAUUCUACUCUUUUGUAAGAUUACAAUCUAA